GUAAAGGCAAAGCAAGGCAGGAAGGAGCUGACCUCACUCGGCUCAUGUAUGCAUGCAGAUAGCUGAUUAGCCACAGAUGGAGCAGGCUGGUCUGUAGCUCCCCAGUCAGGCUGUCGACUACACUACGCUGAGCUGAACUGAACUGAACUGACUGCAAACAGCCCGUCCCUCUCACACGCAAUGAAAGAUGGGUGCACUGCCCAAUGAAUAAGACAAAGUCAACUGGGCGACAAGAAGGGAGAAAGCACCAAAGCAAAAAGCGCGCAGAAGAUUAACUCGUUAAACAUUAACAACGACCGAAGCAAAAGGCCCUGGAAGGAAUAGUGAAGACAGUUCACGUGUGUGUGUGUGUGUGUGUGUGUGUGGAGUGUGUAUGUAUGAAGCCCUCUUUCCUGCCUGGUGCAAAGCAACUGCUGUCUUGCGUUGGGAAAUCACACAGCGAGUUCCUGUAUUGCAAGUCUCCAGGUCUGUUAAAUAGCCGGCUAAAUUCCUCCAGGAUAUUCUGAUGAAUUUUGAUCGCCAAAUUGAAUCAUUGUACCAGCAUGAGCAGUGGAUAUGGCAGCCUAGAAGAAGACUACUUCUUUACUGCAAAGACUUCAUUCUUCGGAAAACCCAAAGACAAGCAUUUAGUAAAGGAUGUGGAAAAAGAGGUGGAGAAGAAACCCACAGUUCUCACGCAAGAGGAGAUUAAGCAGAAAGUCGAGGAAUACAAUGGGAAGGUUAAGACUUGCUUUGGGAUGCGUUUGAGCCCGGACGGCUCCUACACCGGGUUUGUGAAGGUCCACAUCAAGCUGCGCCGCCCGGUCACCGUGCCCGCGGGCAUCAGGCCGCAGUCCAUCUACGACGUGCUGAAGGAGGUGAACCCGGCGGAGAUCACAGACAAGCGGACCUCCUUCUACCUGCCGCUGGAUGCUGACAAGCAGCUGCACAUCAGCAGCCGCACCACGGUCAGCGAGGUGAUUGUGGGCCUGCUGAAGAAGUUCAUGGUCAUCGACAACCCGCAGAAGUUCGCGCUGUUCUACCAGUCCAAGCAGGACGGGAAGGCGGUCCUGCAGAGACUCAAAGAAUGUGAGUAUCCCCUGUUAAUCCGUCUGUUGGCUGGGCCGGAGACAGACUCCUCGAGUUUUGUGCUGAAGGAGAACGAGACCGGGGAAGUGGAGUGGGGAGCCUUCAGCGUACCCGAGUUGCAAAACUUCCUCCGCAUACUGGAAAAGGAGGAACAGGAGCGAGUGCAGCAGGUGAAGCAAAGAUACGUCAAGUUCCGUCAGAAGUUGGAGGAGGCCCUGAAGGUAGGCGGGAAGCAGGGUUAACCGGACUCCCCCGAGAUCCAGACGCCGUGAGACAUUUUUUCUUCGGACGCCGCUCGGGAUACUUGGGCGGGGCGGCCUCGAGACGAGGGAGAUGUGUGCCACUCCCAGGACGAGCGACAGCAAAACCGCCUGUGCAAGAGGAAGAAAAAAAGACACGACUCGCAGCCCGCAGGGAGGUGCCAUUCUCUGGACUGAUCGAAUUCCAGCUGUUGCAGCUGCUUUUUUUUGUGUUAUUUUUCUUUAUUUAACGGGACAAAAAGGUUUGAGGGAGGGCGGAGGGAGAAGGGUAAAGAUAUUCAUCUUUUAGGCACUGAUGUGUUUCAAAUUGCAAAGGUGAAAUUGCAAAGAAACAUUUCGGUUCAAAGAGACACACACACACAUACAAACACACACAAGCGCACACGGACAGAC